ACACACACACACACACACACAGAGGAGGAAGAAAAGCUCUCUGUGUUCAAGCACGCGUUCAUUCAUCCACCAGCUCUCACUGCAGAGGAGGGAUAUAACCGCUCACACGACAUUUACAAAGAAAACGAAGAAAGAAGGACAGUUUUAAGGAGCACACGUCGCAAUUAAAGGACUCCACUCGUGAUGCAGGAUGCUACAAUUUGCAUUUAACCUCUGGAAAUAUCUCUGAGCGCGCUGACAGCCUCAGAAUGAACUCUUCUGCGCUCGCGUCUCCGCAGCUGCAACUUCCCGCCGAGGAGGAGCGGAUGGAUGAGCGGAGGUUACUGAGGGAUCGAGCCCUGAAAUAAAAGUUGUUAGAGAGCAGGAAUAAAGCUGGAGCCGCGCAGAAAUCAAAGAGUCAUCACGAAUUGAUGUAUUUAACCGGAUCAGUGAACUGGAGAGGAUUUACUCACAGCUCCUGCAAGAUCGAAAGAGUUGAAUAUUGGAUAAUCAGUCCGGAGAGAAUGAGGUGUCACUGGGUGAAGCAUGAGCUGUCAGAGGAUCAGUCAUAAGCGGCUGUCUCUGCCAUGGGAGGGGGCAGCUCUCAGCCUCUGGAUCUGCUGCUGCUGCCUUUGGACCUCCAGGCCCAGCGCAUCCGCCUUUGCCCCGGCCGGUGGAGCCGCAGCCGCAGUCGGACAAGGCGACGGCAUCCCGGGCUCUCUGGGCUGGCUGCUGUCCGAUAAAGGACCCUUCCAGCAGUCCCUGGAGUUCACAGAGGCUGCAGAGAGGUAUCAGCAGGGCUUCAGCACCAGAUACAAAAUCUACAGGGAGUUUGGUCGAUGGAAGGUCAACAGCCUGGCGGUGGAGAAGCGGGACAGCCUUGGUGGCAGCGGAGGCCUCGCCUUGCCCCUCGACCCCGACUUCAUGCACACCAUCCGACAGCUGGGGAGGCGCCCAACCCUCCAGUCGAUCACCGAGAGUCUAAUCAAGAAAUAUGGCACCCACUUCCUCCUCUCUGCCACUCUCGGAGGGGAAGAGUCUUUGACAAUAUUUGUGGACAAGAGGAAGCUCAGCCAGGAGUCCUCAUCCUCUGGGACGGAGGGUGGGCAUAGCAGCAACAGGAAUUCAAACAGUACAGGGACGGUGACCCUGGAGGCCCUCCACCAGCUUGCUGCUUCCUACUUCACCGACAGAGAGAGCACCCUGCGAAGACUGCACCACCUCCAGAUAGCAUCCACCGCCAUACGGGUGACAGAAACCAGAACUGGACCACUCGGAUGCAGCAACUACGACAAUUUGGACACAGUCAGCUCUGUACUGGUUCACAGCCCAGAAAAUAAGGUUCAACUACAAGGGCUGCAGGUCAUCCUCCCCAGCUACUUGCAGGGCCGCUUCAUCCAGGCGGCUCUGGACUACAUCGGGUGUAAAUCUGAGGGUCAGUUCAUGUGUCAGAACAGUGACUGCUGGUGCGAGUGCAGCGCGGACUUCCCUCAGUGUAACUGUCCUCAUGCUGAUUUGGACACACUGGAGAAAAACCUGCAGCGCUUCACAGACGCCUGGAGGCAGGCCAACCAGGAGUUUGAGGAAUCAGACGAGUUUCAGAGCUUUGUUGGGAAACUGCCAACCCAUUACGCCGUAAACACAUCUGUCGUGGAACACUUGUGGAGGACGGACGCCAGCUUGUCCCAGCGCUACAGGCAGCUGGAGACCAGCAGCGACCAGCUUCUCACCAAAGCCCGCCGCACCGCUAACAAGCUCUUCAGCCUCAGCAAGAGGUGCAGAAAACAGCCCAAAGUCGUUUUGCAGAGGCCGAGGCCUCUGCAUUUCUGGCUGAACUACGCCCUCUCCGUCUUAUACUGCAGUGAGAACAACCAGGUUGGAGUGUUCAGCGACGAGAGCCGCAGCUGCUCCUGCCCCUACAGCCACCCGCCCUGCCAUGGCCUCAUCCCCUGCUCUGUGGGCGAUGGUUCCCGCUGUACCUCCUGUUCAGUUGAGAACCGCACACGGUGCUCCAGCUGCAACCUGGGCUUCACCCUGACCCAAGGGGUCUGCCGGCCCGCUGUGCCCGACCCCACAGACCCCUACCUGGGCUUGGAGAGUGACCGUGACCUGCAGGAUCUGGAGCUACGCUAUCUGCUACAACGAAGAGACCCUCGCAUCACGCUGCAUGCCGUGUUUGUGAGCAACGACGUGCGUGUGAACACUUGGUUUGACCCGUCCUGGAGGAAAAGAAUGCUUCUCACGCUCAAAAGCAACCGGGUGAAGUCCAACCGUGUUCAUAUGCUGCUAGGGCUCGCUCUGCAGUUCUGCCUCACCAGAAACAGCACGCUUGAACCAGCAAUGUCUCUGUUUGUAAAUCCCUUUGGGGGCAGCCACUCAGAAAGCUGGACCAUGCCUGUAGGGCAGCACGGAUACCCAGACUGGGAGCGGACCAAGCUGGAUAUCCCGUUGGACUGUUAUAACUGGACGUUGACUCUGGGAAACAGAUGGAAGAGCUUUUUUGAGACUGUUCAUUUCUACUUGAGGAGUCGUAUCAGGGACCCUGCUGGAGUGACAGGAGGAAACAAGAACGUGACUGUGUAUUACGAGCCUCUGGAGGCAACAGAACCAUCUAACAACAUUGGCUACAUGAAAGUUAACAGCAUGCAGCUGUUCGGAUACAGUGUGCACUUUGACCCUGAGGCCAUCCAGGACCUGAUUCUGCAGAUAGACUACCCAUACACUCAGGGAUCACAGGACUCAGCCCUGCUGCAGCUGGUGGAGCUGCGCUACAGGGUUAACCGUCUCUCGCCUCCAGGGGCUCCACACGUGGAUCUGUUCGCCUGUCUGCUCCGCCACAGGCUUAAACUAUCCACCGCAGACGUGAGCAGGAUACUCACUGCCCUGCAGGCUUUUAGUGCCAGACAACCAAACCACGUAGAGUACGAGGCAAAUAAAUUGUGCAGUUAAUGGACACUAUUAGAUGUUUUGUACUAUUUCCUUGCCACAGACAGGCCUGUAUCCUUUGUCAGCUGGAUCUAUUUGUGUUAAGUGUGUGGUUAUGUUGUUCAAGGCUUUGUUGUACAUACACUUUGUGCAAUUAAAUUUGGUGUUUUUAUCAUUUCACUGUA